UCUCCUUUACCAAGAUGGCGGCUUGUCCCUGUUUCGCCACAGUUUCUGCCCUAUGAGCUUGAUUCUCUUACGCUAAUAAGAGUGGAACAGCAAAAGCUGGCAGGCUGACGAGCGCCUCAGGACGGACUUUCUGGCUACUGACCGUUUUGCUGUGCUUGCCCCGGACACGUGGACACGUGCCACCAACCAUGAGCUCUGUGGCUGUGUUGACCCAAGAGAGCUUCGCUGAACAUCGGAGCGGGCUGGUUCCCCAGCAGAUCAAAGUUGCUACACUGAACUCGGAAGAGGAAAGCGACCCUCCAACCUACAAGGAUGCCUUCCCUCCCCUCCCUGAGAAGGCAGCCUGCCUGGAGAAUGCCCAGGAGCCCGCCGGGGCCUGGGGCAGCAAGAUCCGGCCCAUCAAGGCCUCUGUCAUCACUCAGGUGUUUCACGUGCCCCUGGAGGAGAGGAAGUACAAGGACAUGAACCAGUUUGGAGAAGGCGAGCAGGCCAAGAUCUGCCUGGAGAUCAUGCAGCGCACUGGUGCCCACCUGGAGCUCUCCCUCGCCAAGGACCAGGGCCUCUCCAUCAUGGUCUCGGGAAAGCUGGACGCCGUCAUGAAGGCCCGGAAGGACAUUGUCGCCAGGCUGCAGACUCAGGCCUCGGCGACUGUCGCCAUUCCCAAGGAGCACCACCGCUUCGUGAUCGGCAAGAACGGGGAGAAGUUGCAGGACCUGGAGCUGAAGACGGCCACCAAGAUCCAGAUCCCGCGGCCUGAUGACCCCAGCAGCCUCAUCAGGAUCACGGGCACCAAAGAGGGCAUUGAGAAGGCCCGCCACGAGGUCUUGCUUAUCUCCGCCGAGCAGGACAAGCGAGCGGUGGAGCGGCUGGAGGUGGAGAAGGCCUUCCACCCCUUCAUCGCCGGGCCCUACAACCGCCUGGUGAGCGAGAUCAUGCAGGAGACGGGCACGCGCAUCAACAUCCCACCACCCAGUGUGGGCCGCUCUGAGAUCGUCCUCACCGGGGAGAAGGAGCAGCUGGCACAGGCGGUGGCGCGCAUCAGGAAGGUGUACGAGGAGAAGAAAAAGAAGACCACGACCAUCGCUGUGGAGGUCAAGAAGUCGCAGCACAAGUACGUCAUCGGGCCCAAAGGCAACUCUCUGCAGGAGAUUCUGGAGCGGACAGGGGUGUCCGUGGAGAUCCCCCCCUCGGACAGCGCUUCGGAGACGGUCAUCCUCCGUGGCGAGCCUGAGAAGCUGGGCCAGGCGCUGACGGAAGUCUAUGCCAAGGCCAACAGCUUCUCCGUGUCCUCAGUCUCUGCCCCCUCCUGGCUGCACCGCUUCAUCAUUGGCAAGAAGGGGCAGAACCUGGCCAAGGUCACACAGCAGAUGCCAAAGGUUCACAUAGAAUUCACUGAAGGCGAGGACAGGAUCACACUGGAGGGUCCCACGGAGGACGUGACUGUGGCCCAGGGACAAAUCGAAGCCAUGGUCAAAGACUUGAUUCACCGGAUGGACUACGUGGAGAUCAACAUUGACCACAAGUUUCACAGACACCUUAUUGGCAAGAGCGGAGCCAACAUCAACAGGAUCAAGGACCAGUACAAGGUGUCUGUGCGCAUCCCGCCUGACAGCGAGAAGAGCAACCUGAUCCGAAUUGAGGGCGACCCUCAGGGCGUGCAGCAGGCCAAGCGGGAGCUGCUGGAGCUCGCCUCACGCAUGGAGAACGAGCGCACCAAGGACCUGCUCAUUGAGCAGAGGUUCCACCGCACCAUCAUCGGGCAGAAGGGCGAGCGCAUCCGCGAGAUUCGUGACAAGUUCCCAGAGGUUAUUAUCAACUUCCCAGACCCUGCACAAAAGAGUGACAUCGUCCAGCUCCGAGGGCCCAAGAACGAGGUGGAGAAAUGCACCAAGUACAUGCAGAAGAUGGUGGCUGACCUGGUGGAAAACAGCUAUUCCAUCUCCGUCCCGAUCUUCAAGCAGUUUCACAAGAACAUCAUUGGGAAAGGAGGCGCCAACAUUAAAAAGAUACGAGAAGAGAGCAACACCAAGAUUGACCUUCCAGCCGAGAACAGCAACUCCGAGACCAUUGUCAUCACAGGCAAGCGGGCCAACUGCGAAGCUGCCCGGAGCCGGAUUCUCUCCAUCCAGAAAGACCUGGCCAACAUCGCCGAAGUGGAGGUCUCCAUCCCGGCCAAGCUGCAUAACUCCCUCAUCGGCACCAAGGGCCGCCUGAUCCGGUCCAUCAUGGAGGAGUGCGGUGGUGUCCACAUCCAUUUUCCCGUGGAAGGUUCCGGAAGCGACACGGUUGUCAUCAGGGGGCCUUCCUCAGACGUGGAAAAGGCCAAAAAGCAGCUCCUGCACUUGGCCGAGGAGAAGCAAACCAAGAGCUUCACAGUGGAUAUCCGUGCCAAGCCGGAGUACCACAAGUUCCUCAUUGGCAAGGGGGGCGGCAAGAUCCGCAGGGUGCGUGACAGCACGGGCGCCCGCAUCAUCUUCCCCACGGCCGAGGACAAGGACCAGGACCUGAUCACCGUCAUCGGAAAGGAGGACGCCGUCAGGGAGGCGCAGAAGGAGCUAGAGGCCCUGAUCCAGAACCUGGACAACGUGGUGGAAGACUCCAUGCUGGUGGACCCCAAGCACCACCGGCACUUUGUGAUCCGGAGGGGCCAGGUCUUACGGGAGAUAGCAGAGGAGUAUGGAGGGGUGAUGGUGAGCUUCCCGAGGUCCGGCACCCAGAGCGACAAGGUCACCCUCAAGGGUGCCAAGGACUGCGUGGAGGCCGCAAAGAAGCGCAUCCAGGAGAUCAUCGAGGACCUGGAAGCCCAGGUAACCUUGGAGUGCGCCAUCCCCCAGCGGUUCCACCGCAACGUCAUGGGCCCUAAGGGCUCCCGGAUCCAGCAAAUCACUCGGGAUCAUGGCGUGCAGAUCAAGUUCCCCGACAGAGAGGAGAACCCAGCUCACAGUGUGGAGCCGGCCAUGCAGGAGAAUGGGGAUGAGGCCGCUGAGGGGAGAGAAGGCAAGGAGGCCGAGCCCGGUUCUCCAAGGAGAUGCGACAUCAUCGUCAUCUCAGGCCGCAAGGAGAAGUGUGAGGCCGCCCGGGAGGCCCUACAGGCACUGGUUCCUGUCACCAUUGAGGUAGAAGUGCCCUUUGACCUGCACCGCUACAUCAUCGGGCAGAAAGGAAGUGGGAUCCGGAAGAUGAUGGACGAGUUUGAGGUGAACAUACAAGUGCCAGCCCCUGAGCUGCAGUCUGACACCAUCGCCAUCACGGGGCUGGCUGCCCACCUGGAGCGCGCCAAGGUGGGGCUGCUGGAACGUGUGCGGGAGCUGCAGGCGGAGCAGGAGGAGCGAGCCCUGCGGAGUUUCAAGCUGAGCGUCGCUGUGGACCCCAAGUACCACCCCAAGAUCAUAGGCCGGAAGGGGGCUGUGAUCACGCAGAUCCGUCUGGAGCACGAUGUGAACAUCCAGUUCCCCGACAAGGACGAUGGCAGCCAGGAGCAGAUUACCAUUACGGGCUACGAGAAGAACACGGAAGCAGCCCGUGACGCCAUCCUGAAGAUCGUGGGCGAGCUGGAGCAGAUGGUCUCUGAGGACGUCCCGCUGGACCACCGUGUCCACGCGCGCAUCAUUGGCGCCCGAGGAAAGGCCAUCCGCAAGGUCAUGGACGAAUUCAAGGUGGACAUCCGCUUCCCUCAGAGCGGGGCCCCGGACCCCAACUGUGUCACCGUGACGGGCCUCCCAGAGAAUGUGGAGGAGGCCAUCGACCACAUCCUGAACCUGGAAGAGGAAUAUCUGGCCGACGUGGUGGACAACGAGGCACUGCAGGUGUACAUGAAGCCCCCCCCGGUGCACGAGGAGGCCAGGGCCCCAUCCAAGGGCUUCGUGGUGCGGGACGCGCCCUGGACGGCCCCCAGCAGUGCGAAGGCUCCGGACGUGAGCAGCUCGGAAGAGUUCCCCAGCUUUGGGGCACAGGUGGCCCCCAAGACCCUCCCGUGGGGCCCCAAGCGGUAAUGCCAAGGAAGCGGAUGUCCCUGCAGCCCCAGUGCUCCCGGUCUGCCCACCUGACCAGCUGGCAGCUGGGCCGCUCAGUGUCGCCGCUCCCCUCCCCUCCCGAGGUCUCGCAGGAAGCCUGGGCGGCCUUGGGCCCCCAUAGGGGCCUGCCCUCAGGACCCGCCCAGCCCCGGCUCCGGGACGGCUCGCCACGGUUCCAAACACUAAACAAGGUCAUUGAACAUUUCGCCACCGCCACCAGACUGAGCUUCCCGGCCCCAGCAUGUCCGUCAGCAUUCUGACCUUCCUUCCCAGAGCUCUGCCUCUGGCUGGGAGUCUACUUCCUGUGUCAUGACCUCAGGAAAUAAAUUUCCUCAACUUUCUAAAAGCCAAAACGUUUGCCCUCUUCCUUUCCCAGCCCCACAGGAGUGCAGGGACCCUGCCUGCACAGCAGGGCAGUCAUCUGGGGCUCCGCCGAGGGCCGGCCCCAACACUCUUUCUUUCCUGCCGGUCUGUCUCUGCCCCCACCCCCACCAUGCACACACCUGCCUUCUCUACCUCAAAGCCAGCUGACAGUCUCGCCUAGGGCAAUGCCACCCCCAGUGCCUCCCCUCUCUGUUGAGAUGUUUUGGUUGGCCAGGUGUGGUGGUUUCCCCACUGGGGCCUGGCCUGGCUGCAGGGGACCCAGGCAGGAAGAUGCCUGCUCUUGGGCAGGGCAGGCGGAGAGGUCUGCAGGUGGAGCUUGGUGGGUGCUGGCCUGCCCACCUGCGGAGCUUGCUCCAGGGGAGCCGCCCCCUUCCUGCAGCCAGCAGAAGAGGCUGCUGUCCCCCGGAGAUGGUCACAUCCGCUUCAGCACACCUCUCCUAAGUGUUCACCGUUAGGCAGCCCCAGCUCCUCAGCCCUAGACCAGCCUCAGAGGCUGGCUGGGCAGGCGGGUAUCACCCAGUGACCUUAGCAAGGUGAGGAGGGCUCUCCUUCCUGGCUCAGGCUCCCCACUCUGAGGGAAGGCCAUCCCCUCUCCUGUCUGAGCAGCUGGAGCCUCACCUGCUCCUCCCUCCGUCUUCCUGAGGCUCUGAUCGCCCACACCUCCCAGUUCUCACGGCUGUGCGGCCUCACCCCUGCAGUGCCAGCUCUGCGGGGCUCCGGGCAGCUGUCCCUGCCCGACUGUCUUCCAUGCCCUGGCUCCAGCCCUCGGCCUUAACUGCAGACAAAUGACCGCUCUGGGGACAAGGGCACUAGGACUUGACACAUUCGCCAAUAAAACCUGAAAUCGCUCCGUG